AUAUCGUGUCGUCUAGGGGGCUCCUGCUAUGUAUAACUGGCAACUGGUAUUAACAUGCACAUAUUCUUGCCUUUGUAAAAUGUUCUUCAAUCUAUUUAGUUUUCUUACUUUUCUUCUUUCUUCCGCGUAAAUUUCGGUGUAGCGACAAGUGGUAUGGCUGAGUUGAUUUUAGAUCCAAACAUUCGAGGAUGGGUGUUCUUACCUAUCGUUGUGAUUACGUUUCUCGUAGGCAUUAUUCGACAUUAUGUUUCGAUAUUACUUGCUUCACAGAAAAAGGUUGAGCUUCAUCAAGUACAAGACAGUCAAGUGAUGAUACGCUCUAGGCUGCUAAGAGAAAAUGGUCAAUAUAUUCCAAAAAUGGCAUUUAUUAGCAGAAGGCAUUUCUUUAAUAAUGAAGAGACAGGAUAUUUUAAAACACAAAAACGUGCCCCAGUAUCGCAGAACCCAAUGACAGAUCCUAAUAUGAUGACAGAUAUGUUAAAGGGAAAUGUAACUAAUGUUUUACCAAUGGUAUUAAUAGGUGGCUGGAUUAACUGGAUGUUUUCUGGCUUUGUAACAACUAAAGUACCAUUUCCUUUGACAUUACGUUUCAAACCAAUGUUGCAACGUGGCAUAGAAUUAGCUACACUUGAUGCUGCAUGGGUUUCAUCUGCAUCUUGGUAUUUCCUUAAUGUGUUUGGAUUACGUUCCAUUUAUACACUUGUCCUUGGAGAAAGCAAUGCUGCUGAUACCUCCAGACUUUUACAGGAUCAAGUAUCAGGUGCUGCAAUGUCUAUGCCACCAGAUCCAAAAGCUGCUUUCAAAUCAGAAUGGGAAGCAUUGGAAAUAUAUGAACAUAAUUGGGCGCUGCAAGGAGUUGAAGCAGAUCUUAUAGGAUCCCAAAGAAUAGAUACAAGUGAAGGUAGCAAAUAAUAAAUAUUACAUCUAUAUCCAUAGAUAUAGCAUGUGCCAUUUUUGGAUAAAUAAUUGAAGUUUUAAUAAAAUUACUAAAUGAAUUAAUAACUUGAAUUAUCAUAAUAAAUGAUGUAUAAUUUAUUGCAUUCUUUAUAACAUUCUACAAAAUAUUAUUUUACAUUUUAUUAGAAUAUCUGCAUUACAAUUUCUUAGUAGUUUGUUAUACUUUCAGUUUCAUAUGUACAAAAAUUGUCCACAAUUACAAUUGUAGCAAUAUAUUUUCACCUACUUUACAUCUUUACGGUACAAAUAUUUAUAAGUUAAUAUUUAUAAGUUAUAUUAGACAGUAUGUACAAUACAAUUCAUCAUAAUAAAUGUUUGUUUUAUAUAUGUA